AUGGGUGACACACACCUGACACAGCAUGGGAAGCUAGCCUCGGAUUUGGUUGAAAGGCAACUGGAGGCUAUAUUUGACCUCUUCAGGGCCAACCUAAAGGUAAUACUGGCAGGACAGAGAGCCAAAGAGGGUGAAUGCCCUAUGCAUCGACCACAAGGGCAGAAGACUGACCGCAUGUGGUGGGAACAAAACACCUGGCACUUCUGUCUCUCACUAGCGGAGGAGGACUUGGAAUCUUUGAGCCCCCGAGUCAGUGGGCUGUGGGUGCUGGAGAAGGAGGUAUGGUCCCCUUUACCCUCCUUCCAGCAUACCCUUGCACCACCUUAGUGCAACUCCUCUGAGUCCACCACACAAGGGCAUUGUCUGAAUGGGAACCCCUAAGUAAAGCAACAGUCUGGUCCCUGAUCUGAGACUCUCUUAUACCUAGCGGAGGAUCACAGGCUAUUCAUUGCUUACACCAUAUGAGUUAGCUUUCUUUUCAAUUUCUUUUUACCUUUACAGCUGACACUAUUUCAUAGCAGUUCCAACCUUGCAUGGGUCAAAGGGGCACACCUAACUCCUAACGUGACCCAGUGGUUCUCAACAUCAGCAGUACUCAAGCCUAUACAUUUUUAG